UAAAUGUAGAAAACUCACGAACAAUAAAAUAUCAAAAAAAAAUCAAAACAUCAGAAAAUCAAAAAUAAAUGGGCAAACUUUUUAUCAACUAUUAAAUAAUCAAAAUAAUACUGGUGGUUUUGAUAGUAAUUUUGGUGGUGAUUCUUCUGGUGGUGAAAAUGGUUCUGAUGCCAAUAAUUUUAGUGGUGGUUCUUCUAGUAGUAGAAAUAGUUCCAGUGCUGAUAAUUUUGGUGAUGGUUCUUCUGAUGAAAAUAGUUCUGAUGUUGAUAAUUCCAAUGUUGAUUUUGACAAUGCUAAAAAUGCAUAA